AUGAUAUUCAUUGAGAAAGAUACCCUGGGCGCAGGCUGUUUUGACGAUUUCAGUGAUGAGAAGAAACAGCGAGUUCUCAAUGAAGUGAAAAGUCUUGAAAAAUUGGACUCAAUUUUUGUGGUUAAAUAUUACAACUCGUGGACCGAAGGGACACAUCUGUACAUACAUAUGGAGUACUGCACGCAAACACUCAAACAUGUAUUGCAAGUCAAGCAACAAGGCGCCGGUAAUGGCAAGUAUAUGGCACCGGAAGUGAGUUCAUCGCGGGAUUACGACCAUAGGGCUGAUAUUUAUAGCAUUGGUCUCAUUGGGGCCGAACUGUUUGAUGUGUAUGCU